AUGGAUAACAGUGGAGAAAGUGGAGAUGAUACAAACCCUCAACCAACAUCAUAUUACACUGGCAGUGGAAUGCCUGCUAAUUAUGUCGGAGUUCCGUCAGACGAUCUUGAAGAUGAUCCGGAGAACACUGAUGACUCUAAUCACGGCGGAGGUGACCCAUUGCAUGGAGGAGGAAGUGGUGGACCAUCUGGUCCACUUCGUGAGCAAGACCGUUUUUUACCAAUAGCAAAUGUAGCUAAAAUAAUGAAAAAAGCGAUCCCUGAAGCCGGAAAGAUUGCAAAAGACGCACGUGAGUGUGUACAAGAGUGUGUUUCUGAGUUUAUAUCAUUCAUUACAUCAGAAGCCAGCGAUCGGUGUUUCAUGGAAAAACGUAAAACAAUAAACGGUGAAGAUAUUUUAUUCGCCAUGACAACGCUGGGCUUCGAUAAUUAUGUAGAGCCAUUAAAAAUUUAUCUACAAAAAUAUCGAGAAGCUACCAAAGGUGAUAAUCCACAAGGUUCAAGUACACCUUCUGGUAAUGGCAAGACUGAUGCAUCUAAUUUAGCGCUUUAUGAUGAACAAGUAUAUAUUCCAAAUGCAUCAGAGACAGUUGUCUACACCUACGCAGGGACGGAUCAAAUGCAAUUUCCACUUCCUUGA